AUGGCUGCUAUCGUCGACAAUCCUUCCAACUCAAUUGCCCUAAACGGCCCUAGUGGUGAUGCCGAGGGCUUCCCUACUGAUGGCACUGGUGUGGUAAAGCUCGACCCCUGGCUGUCGCCAUUUCAGGAUUCCCUCAAGAGGCGCUAUGCGCGCGCCCAGGAUUGGAUUCAGAAGAUCAACGAGACUGAGGGUGGCCUCGAAAAGUUCUCCAAGGGCACCUCGCUCUUCGGUUUCAAUGUCGACCACGACAACAACAUCGUUUACAGAGAAUGGGCUCCCAACGCUACCCAGGCCUUCUUGAUUGGCGACUUCAACAAUUGGGACAGAAACUCUCAUGAGAUGAAGAAGAAUAACUUUGGAGUCUUCGAGAUCACCCUCCCCGCCGUCAAUGGCCAAGCUGCGAUCCCGCACAACUCCAAGGUCAAGAUCUCCUUGCAACUCCCCAAUGGCGAACGCGUCGACCGCCUGCCUGCAUGGAUCAAGUACGUGACGCAAGACUUGUCCAUCUCCCCCGCGUACGAAGCCCGAUUUUGGAACCCGCCUGCGUCCGAGAAGUACGAGUUCAAGCACCCGAGACCACCGAAGCCUCGGAGCGCUCGCGUGUACGAGGCUCACGUGGGAAUCUCCUCGCCCGAGUUGCGAGUUGCGACUUACAAGGAGUUCACGAAGAAUAUGCUGCCUAGGAUCAGAGACCUCGGCUACAAUGUCAUCCAGCUCAUGGCUGUCAUGGAACAUGCCUACUAUGCCAGUUUUGGCUACCAAAUCAACAACUUCUUUGCUGCCAGCAGUCACCUUAAGGAGCUGGUUGAUACAGCCCACAGCAUGGGUAUUACCAUGCUUCUGGAUGUUGUUCACAGCCACGCCUCCAAGAACGUCCUGGACGGCCUGAACGAGUUUGAUGGUACGGACCAUCAGUACUUCCACGAGGGAGCUCGCGGCCGCCAUGAGCUGUGGGACAGCAGACUGUUCAACUACGGCCACCACGAGGUCAUGAGAUUCUUGCUCAGCAACUUGCGGUUCUGGAUGGACGAAUACCACUUCGAUGGCUUUCGUUUCGAUGGUGUGACAAGCAUGUUGUAUCUGCACCAUGGUAUUGGAACUGGCUUUUCAGGAGGCUAUCACGAGUACUUUGGUCCCGAUGCGGACGAAGAGGCUAUCGCGUACCUCAUGAUCGCCAACGAGCUAUUACACUCACUGUACCCAGAGGUUAUCACAAUUGCCGAGGAUGUGUCUGGUAUGCCAGCUUUGUGUCUGCCGCUUUCCAUUGGCGGUCUUGGCUUCGAUUAUCGCCUUGCCAUGGCCGUUCCUGAUAUGUGGAUCAAGAUCCUUAAGGAGAAGAAAGACGAAGAAUGGGAUAUCGGCAAUAUUUGCUUCACCCUGACGAACCGAAGACAUGGUGAGAAGACUAUCGCGUAUGCGGAAAGUCACGACCAGGCGUAG